GUCUCAGACUCUGUGAGCAGAACAUGAAUCGAGAGCGGUGCCGGUGCGAGUCAAGGAGUCUACCGUCGAGCAGAAGAGGAGCGAGUCCGGUGGCGUACGGGAUCUGCGCUGGAAUUCCGGAGAAAGAAGACUGCGUCAAGGAAACACGGGCUCGGAUGGAUGAACCGACCACUGAGAGCUACUGCAAAUGUUAUGGGUCAUGCACAGACGUGGAGUACUACAAAGAAGUCUCCCGAUCCGCGCUCUCAGACACUGCUGAGCAAAGUCGUCGUCUACUACCAUACUUUCACCAUCGAAAACGUACAGUCUGUUCCCAAGUAUGACUUGGAGCGCGUUAUGAGCAGCUUCGGUGGCAUCAACGGCAUGUACCUGGGCGUGUCCUUCUUCAUCCUGUUCCGGCUGGUCGAGACGCUGGUCCGGGGACUCACACUGCUCAGGGGGGCCAAGAGGGCUCCGGAGGUCUCCAGCACACCAAGUCCGCCACCCCCACCACCCAGGGUGAUGCUCAACGAGCUUUACCGACGCCACCUGGCCACCCAGUAUGGCGUACGCAUCCAGCGUUUCAAUCAGUGACCCAGUUGAAGACGGUUUGCAUCGGAGGUGUCAGCAUAAAUUCUAUGGCCUGCCUCGGAAGUGCUAAUCUACUCCAUUUCGGCAUAAAAUCAAGUGUGCUACAGAUGUUCAUAUAUUCCAAUUCAGCAAGUUAUAGCAGGUGUUCAUCUACUCCGUUUCAGUACAAAUUCGACGGUUUGUCUGGAAGUGUUAAUCUAUUCUGUUUCAGCAUAAAUUUACAAUAGGCAAAAGAAAUGCUAUGGCCACUCCAUUGUGAAUUAAUGGAAGGGACAAAGAGAAGUAUAUGUAUGGAGUAGAUUUCCAGGUUUUUAUUGAUAAAAUGAUCAAAUUUUUUGUGUUUUUUCUUUUUCAAAUAUUGAAGCACUUUGAUGAUUUGUUUGGGAUUGACACUGAAAAGGGUGAUUGGUGAAAAAA